AUGAAAGCUGAGAGUUUGGAAUUCAUCAAGAGACGUCAUUUUCCAGAGACACUCGAGCUAAUACGCCAACGUGAAUCGCGCGAUCUACGAAGCAACCGCCAAGUCACGUUCAAAGCUGCAAAACAGUCCAGACGUACCGCUAAGGAAGAUCUUAAAGAGAGAAGAACAGCAGCUACGAUUAAAGCUGCAGAGGCAAGGAAAAGCAUUCGCGAAGCCCACCCUCAGUUAGAAAACUAA